GCGCCCAAGACUUGAGAAUACGUGCAAUGGUCUCUCCCACUUCUCCCACUUGCAUUUCAUCUGAAUUUUCAACUAAGGAGAGACGACAAUUCACUCAUGUCCAUUAGAAGCUCUCCCAACAACUUCAGUCUAGUUCAAACGCCACGUUGACUACCCCGCUCUUGACCGAAGUGUGAGGAUAAAAAUACGAUGUCAAGUUUCCUUCUCCGGCCUAAUCUUCUCUUCCUAAACCUCUUAGAACUUAACAAGAUUGUCCGGCCUUUCUAGCCCCCACAAAUCGUUGCGAGCGCGUCUCAUCCGCUUUUGAAUUGUUGACGCUUCAUUUCCAUUACUAAAAAGUUAUUCUUCCUUCCAGCUUUGAACUUCCAAUUGCCUGAUAUCUCUACCCAGAACUCGAUCUAAGGCCGUUGGCUGCAAGAAUUGUUCACAGAAGUUGGGUGUAGUCUGCAUUGCUAAAGCUUUUCGAUUUCCAUUUGGCCUCCGAGUAGGAAGGCACAUUAACGCAUAAGUUUAUUCUCUAGGCAAUUUUUUUUUUAUAUCUUUGCAACCUUCAUUUCCCAAGCCAUUUGCUUGAUAUCUUCAUCGGCUUUACAUCUUCUCUACUUCAUCCUUACCUCCUUCGUCAUGCCUAGGCGCAAUGACUUCCUCGACCUCAGCCUUCCAAAGGGAGUUCACGCUGCACCUGUCCCAGGAAUCACAGCACAAAUAAUCUCUCGUAACAACAAAGCUUUCCCAAGCUAUCCUUCUCCUGACAAAGAGGCUAUUGUUGAGGGUGAUGAGUUGGCUGAAUACUUCAGCACUCGCACCGUCACAACAUAUAUUGCGGUUACCAAUGACACACCAUUCUCAAUCCAUCUUCGGGUUGAUAGACCUUAUCCCCAGGAAAUGGACUGCUCGAAAUUGCAGUUCGAGAUCUUUGUUGAUGGGAAGUUUGUGUGGGAUGCUUGGUGCCAUAAACCUCGGUAUCAAGAGAAUGGAAGUGUGUGGGAGGAAAUUAUUCGUGGACUGAAACUGGGGAAGGGGAAAGGUUGUGAGAUUAAAGACUUCAAAUUCAUGGGACUAAAGACCAAUGAGGAAAGCAUGCCCUAUACGGCCCUUCAGCGUAUUAGGAAAUCCAUGGCCAAGAUUGGCAAGAUUGAGAUCAAGGUAUACAGAACGACGUAUGGGAAAAAAGGUGGCGAUGUCAAGAAUAGCUUGAAGGGAUUCUUGACCAAGAACAACAGGGAGGUUCCUGAGACAGCAUUGAAGGGCGAGGCAAAGAGUCAUGGUACUACGUUGGAUGAAGGGCGAAAAACAAUCAGAGGAGAUGUGUGGCGAGAUACCAACAAACAUGGUGAACUUCCAAUCAUCAUUUUUCGCUUUCUAUACCGCUCAGAAGAAGCGCUGAAAUCCCUGCACAUCAUUGAACACUCUCCUGCUCCAUCUCGUUCCAGCUCACCCGAGAACGAAUACCAUGAUAGUACCGAAUUAUCAGCUGAGCAAACAAAGCGAGUCGAGGACUUGCUCAGGUCUUUUAGAAAGCCAGCAGGCAGAGGCGGUGGACCAAGCAAUCAGAUGAAAAGAAAGAAAGAAAAUGAAUCAGGUAGUCGGAAGAGAAUCAAGAGAGAAGAGGAGCCUGAAAGUAGCGAAAUGGCUGCAAAGCGACGCAGAGCUGAGAAAGGCAAGGGAAAAGCAGUUACGAUCGAUUUGACAGCAGACAAUAGCGGCGAUGACCAGAAGUCUGGAAGUAGCGAAAUGGUUGCAAAGCGACGUAGAGCUGAGAAAGGCAAGGGAAAAGCAGUUAUAAUUGACCUGACAGCAGAUAGUGGCGGCGAGGACGAGGAGAAAUUUAAAGUCCCAAAUGUUGUUAUUGACGACCAGGAACCGGAGGUUGUCAAUUUGAUCAAGGACGAGGAUGAUGUUGAUGACAAAGACGAUGAUUUGUUUGUCCAAGAUAAUGAUCCACCAAGCAAGCGGCCGUUGUGGAGAGGCCUGGGCUUGUUUCAAAUUAAACACUCCCAAGAGUUUGAUUGAAAGGAACAAUGGACCUAUGAUAGAUGCGAGGAGAGAUAGAUAUUGACAUAUGGGUUAGGAUGACGGAAGCGCGUAUUUUUAAGCCGGCAACUUAUUUUGACUUACACUACAGCCUUAUGGGAGGAAGAAAGCGAUAUCAUCUGGGAAGGAGAAAUGCGUAAGAAAGUUGGUGAGUGGCAGCUAGUCUAGAAUGGGUGUUGGCCAUUGCAGGUAUGCAAUGAACUCAUUAGACUUUUAGAUCUGGUAGCUACUCAGCGAUAGAGGGGUAAGAAGAAUCCUAUGGCGGCUUUGGCAAGCUGAAUAUGCACAAAAGUUUUCAAAUAUCAAGUAGAUUAAAUAGAACAUAUUAGCA